AAAAUGAAGAAUCCUUGAAAGGAACGAAGCGUUAAGAAUUUCUUGUCAUUGAAGGUACCCUUCAUUUGUUACUUGACCCUCAAUCAAAGACCCAUCUUUUCCGUUUCACUUUGGCUGCACAAAGCCCUAAUCCACCAUCUCCACCACCACCGCCACCACCCCUUUUUUCUCCACAUCAUGGGUCGCGAACCUCUCUUACUUCCAACCCCAACCCCAACCCUACCCAUAGCCCCAUCUACCACCACUGUGACUACCCUUCCUCUCGCUGUUUCAGUACCAUCUGCUUCUUCUACUGCUGCUCCACCUACUUCUCUUGCUCCUGGGUUUAGGUUUCACCCAACUGAUGAAGAACUCGUUAUCUAUUACCUCAAGCGCAAGGUUUGUGGAAAACCCUUUCGAUUUGACGCUAUUGCUGAAGUUGACAUCUAUAAGAGCGAACCCUGGGACCUUUCUGAUAAGUCAAGGUUGAAGACCAGGGACCAAGAGUGGUAUUUUUUCAGUGCAUUGGACAAGAAGUAUGGAAAUGGGGGCAGAAUGAACAGGGCUACUCUUAAAGGGUACUGGAAAGCUACUGGAAAUGAUCGUCCGGUUAAGCAUGAAUUAAGGACCGUAGGGUUGAAGAAAACUUUGGUGUUUCACAGUGGCCGAGCUCCUGAUGGUAAGAGAACUAACUGGGUUAUGCACGAGUACAGGCUCGUUGAAGAAGAGAUGGAGAGGGAGAGGGCUGGGAAUGGAUCCUCUCAGCCACAGGAUGCAUAUGUCUUGUGUAGAGUAUUUCACAAAAAUAACAUUGGACCUCCAAAUGGACAACGAUAUGCACCUUUUGUUGAAGAAGAGUGGGAAGAAUGCUCGGGAAUGGUUCCUGGAGCAGAGCUCGUGUAUAAUGGUCCUGUUGAUCGCCCUGUUGAUCGUCCUGUUGAUCGCCCUGUUGAUCACCCUGUUGAUCGUCCUGUUGAUUGCCCUGUUGACCGCCCUCUGCGUAUUGAAUACAACAACGGUGGUGUUUCGUGCAGUGAAGGAAGAAAUAACAUUGUGCAGGACACUCAAUCCAACAAUAAAACUCCACUUCUUGUUCAAAACAAUAAAACUCCACUUGAUGUGAACAAGCUACCGAUUGAGACCCAAAAUCUUCUUGCCGUGUGCAAGAGGGAGAGCAUGACUGAGUUUUCAUCACCAGAAAAGGAUGAUUCUAAGCGUAUGCAUGUGGAUGAUGAUUCUAAGCGUAUGCAUGUGGAUGAUGAUUCUAAGCGUAUGCAUGUGGAUGAUGUGGACCCAUCACCCCAAACUAAUAACCCAAAGCCAUUUCCCUUACCUCAAAUAUACAAAAGGCGGCGGUAUAACUUGAACACCAAUCACUCUAAUGUUUCCAGAGAUUCAUUCCCUAACAGUCAGGAUCCAUGCUCAUCCACAAUAACCACUGCCGCGACAACAGUCCCGACAACUGCUGCCCCUGCCAAAACUACCAACGCUGCACCGAAGAAACAUUUUCUGUCUGCACUGGUGGAGUUUUCUCUGCUAGAAUCACUUGAAUCGAAGAAGGAAAAACAGGUCUCGGUUCAGCCAGAAGAUUUUGACUUGGGAAAUUUUGAAUCGACUGUGCCUCCGAGUGUUGCAAAGUACAUCAAACGCUUGCAGAGUGAAACUCAUAAGCUUGGCCUUGAAAAGGAGACAAUGCGGUUCGAGUUAACAAGUGCUCAAGCCAUGAUUAACAUCCUCCAGUCUCGUGUCGAAACUCUCAGUAAAGAGAACGGAGAAAUGAAGAAGAUGAUGAUGAUGAGAAAUCCUUAGAUGUUGGGAGUGAUCUCACUCCUUGUAAGAUGAUGUACUAUCAGUUAUGUUUACUGUUAAUUUUGGGAUAUUUAGUUUAUUUUUUCAUGUCUGUUUCUAGUCUGUUUCUUUGCCUAAAACAUGUCAAGGGCAUGCAUCAUUUCAAAACUCAUCUUUCUGUAAGGCAUGACUUUUCGGUUGCCAAAUGUUGUCAAAAAUGGUCAUCUUAGUUCUUAAA